UGGUCCAAAGUGAGUUAGCUGUGUAUGUCUGAACAAGUUCCCACUGACUUUUUCAUCGUGUCAGAGGAGUUAGUACGAGGGCAACGGGAAGUAUUCUCAAUCUACUUCAAGUUGUGCAUGUAGAGGAUUUACAUUCUGGACCUCCCCUGUGAGAAGAAGUGACUGUGCACAUAUCUGUACACUUGUUGCAUGUGGAUGUUUACUGUGAUGUGUGGAGUAUCUGCCGGUCUGUUGGAAAGUUGAGCUGUACAGUUAACAGUUAUUGUGGCAGCAUGUUGAGGUGUCUGCUCCAGAGAGCGACUCACCUGAAGAAUGUGGAGAAAGGGGAGCGGCAAAGUGACCCGUUAGCCAGCAUCACAUUUAGAGGGUCUAAGAAGAAGACCAAAGUUGUUAAAAACAAUGUCAACCCUGUGUGGAAUGAGGGUUUUGAAUGGGACCUAAAAGGAGUGCCCUUAGACUCAGCAGCAGAGCUGCAUGUGGUUGUGAAGGACCAUGAAAAAAUGGGAAGGAACAGGUUUCUGGGGGAAUGUCGGGUUUCUUUAAGAGAUGUACUCAACUCCCCAAACCUAGCAGCUACCUUCACUGUAUCCUUAGUGGACACCAAGAGGAACAACACUGGGGCCACAGUGACUCUGCAGGUUUCCUACAUCCCUCCCCCAGGCAUGGCUCCCAUCUUUCAGCCCCCACCACAGCCAGAGACGCCGCACAAUACUGCAGAGCUGGACACUGUCACAGUGUUCUCAUUGGACACUAUGGGAGAUGAGGACACAGAGAGUAUGCUCAUGGUGGAGGUGGCAGAGGAGCCUGAACCUGUUCCAGGACCACAAGGCCAGGAGAUCGGGGCUCCUCAUACACCACCAAAAAAAGUUCCUCCAGCAUUUACACAUGGCAUUAAGAAGAAGAAACAGCAAAGCAACAAAGCCCCACUUUCCAACAAACCCCAGGACCUCCAGGUACGGGUGCGAAUCAUCGAGGGAAGGCAACUGCCUGGCAUCAAUAUUAAACCUGUUGUCAAAGUAACUGUGGGAGGCCAGACAAAGAGAACACGCAUCAAGAAAGGCAACAAUCCAUUCUUUGAUGAGACUUUCUUCCUGAACUUCUUCGAGACACCAACAGAUCUCUUUGAUGAGCCUAUAUUUAUAACAGUAUUUGACUCCAAGUCUCUUCGUACAGACUCUGUCAUUGGAGAAUUUAAGCUGGAUGUUGGCAUGGUGUAUAACGAACACAGACAUGCUAUUCUCAGGAAGUGGCUGUUGCUGGCUGAUCCCGAUGAUUUUUGUGCUGGGGCAAGAGGGUAUCUGAAGGUCAGCCUUAUAGUCCUGGCUGCAGGUGAUGAGCCACCGACUGAAAAAGAGGGUGUUCAGGAAAGAGAGGACAUUGAGGCGAACCUGCUGAGACCAGCAGGGCUCACACUCAGAGGAGCCACCUUCACUCUUAAAGUCUACAGAGCAGAGGAUUUGCCUCAGAUGGAUGAUGCAUUUAUGGAUGGCAUGAAGCAAUUUCUGGGUUUUGAGUCAAACCGAAAAAACCUGGUGGAUCCAUUUGUGGAAGUCAACUUUGCUGGCAAAACGAUGUGCAGUAAGAUAUUGGAGAAGAACGCCAACCCACAGUGGAACCAAAGUCUUGUGCUCCCUAUCAGAUUUCCGUCUAUGUGUGAGAAGAUGAGGAUACGCAUUUUAGAUUGGGAUCGAGCAAGCCACAAUGAUGUCAUUGGCACCACACACCUGAGUAUAUCAAAGAUAUCUGCUCCAGGCGGGGAAAUAGAAGAUGACUUGCCCCCCAGGACCCUCCAAAGUGCCAUUGAUGACAGCCUGGGCUUCCUGCCAACCUUUGGCCCCUGUUAUGUGAAUAUGUAUGGAAGUCUUAGAGAGUUCACUGCCUUCUCUGACCCCCACGAGGCUCUUAACCUUGGCAAGGGUGAAGGUGUAGCGUAUCGUGGCCGUGUGCUCUUGGAGCUCACCACUAAGCUGUGUGAACGAGCGGAACAAAAAAUGGAAGACAUUUACCCUGACGACCUUCUGGUGGUAGAGAAAUUCAUGCGGAAGAGAAAGUACUCUCUGUUUGCUGCUUUUUACUCGGCCACCCUUCUUCAGGACGUGGAUGACGCCAUCCAGUUUGAGGUCAGCAUCGGCAACUAUGGCAACAAGUUUGACUACACCUGCCUGCCUCUGGCCUCCACAACGCAAUACAGCCGAGCUGUGUUUGAUGGCUGUCACUACUACUACCUGCCCUGGGGGAAUGUGAAGCCUGUGGUGGUGCUGUCGUCAGAGUGGGAGGACAUCAAGCCCCGUAUAGAGGCCCUUAACAUGCUGCUGAUCAUCACAGAGCGUCUGGAAUCAAACCUGAAUCUUGUGCAGUUGGAGCUUCAAGCAGGCGGUGACCAGGACAGACUGGAGGAGAGGGUGGUUAAACUACUGGAUGAGCUCAUCUCUGACUGCAGUGAGGAGCUGCCUGAGCUGGACGGAUGGCCAUGCGUGACCCCUCUGGAUAAAGCUCUGCGGCGUUUGCGUAAGGUGAACCUGCAGCAGAUUGAGCAGGCCGCUCUGGCGCUAAAACACGGCCAGGAGACGGAGCUGAGCACAGUGCUGGAGCAGGCUGAGGACUGGGCCAUGAGACUGCGCUCACUCACUGAGGAGCCCCAGAACAGUCUGCCAGACAUAGUGAUCUGGAUGCUUCAGGGGGACAAAAGAGUGGCGUACCACAGAAUCCCAGCCCACGAGGUGCUCUUCUCUCAGGGUUACUGCGGCAAACACUGUGGUCAGCUGCAAACUGUCUUCAUGAAGUACCCUCAGGGUGGUAGCGAGGACUGUAAGAUCCCAGCACAGGUCAGAGUGAAGGUGUGGUUUGGUUUGGCUGCUGACGUCAAGCACUUCAACCAGUUUUCAGAGGGGAAACUGUCUGUGUUUGCAGAGACAUAUGAGAACCAGACUAAAUUAGCUCUGGUGGGAAACUGGGGCACAACAGGGCUCACUUACCCCAAAUUCAGUGACAUCACCGGGAAGGUGAAGCUGCCCAAGGAGAGUUUUAAACCCUCGCCAGGCUGGGCAUGGGCUGGAGAUUGGUACAUCAGCCCAGAGAAAACCUUGCUAUAUGAUGUGGACGCAGGACACAUGACUUUUAUGGAGGAAGUGUUUGAGAAUCAGAUGCGGCUGCCGGGAGGACAAUGGAUUGGCAUGCCAGAAGGUUACACAGAUGUGAAUGGAGAGAAAGCGGUGCCUAAAGACGAUAUUGAGUGUCCUCCAGGCUGGAUGUGGGAAGACGAGGAAUGGAGUAAAGAUCUAAAACGGGCUGUAGAUGAUCAGGGGUGGGAGUAUGGCAUUACCAUCCCUCCUGACCGUCGGCCUAAGUCUUGGGUUCCAGCUGAGAAAAUGUACCACACCAAUCGCCGGCGUCGCUGGAUCCGCCUUCGCCGCCGAGACCUGCAGAAAAUGGAAGCACUGAGAAAGCAGCGUCCAGAUGAGUCGGAGCGGGAGGGUUGGGAAUAUGCCUCUCUCUUUGGCUGGAAGUUCCACCUUAAGCAAAGGAAGACGGAUUCGUUCCGCCGUCGCCGCUGGCGUUGCCGCAUGGAGCCUCUGGAGAAGACUGGUCCGGCAGCCAUCUUUGCCCUGGAGUGCUCACUGGGCAAUGUGACUGAUGACAAAAAUGAUGACAAGUCUGUCACAACAACCUUUGGUGUCAAUCGUCCCACCAUCUCAUGCUUCUUUGAUAGUGGAACACGCUACCAUCUGCGCUGCUAUCUGUAUCAGGCUAGAGACCUGCUGGCUAUGGAUAAAGACAGUUUCUCAGAUCCCUAUGCCAUUGUGUCAUUCCUGCACCAGAGCCAGAUGACAGUGACCAUAAGGAACACGCUUAACCCCACCUGGGAUCAGACUCUUAUCUUCUAUGAGGUGGAGAUAUUCGGAGAUCCCAAAGUGACAGAGAAGAACCCGCCAAACAUUGUAGUGGAGGUCUACGAUCAAGACACUUAUGGAGCAGAUGAGUUUAUGGGACGCAGUAUAUGCCAGCCCUCUGUGGUCUCCUCUCCUCGUCUGGCGUGGUAUCCUAUCCUGAAAGGUGGCAAAGCUGCUGGUGAACUACUUGCCGCAUUUGAACUGAUCCGCAGAGAUAAGCCUGCAAUUCAUCACAUCCCUGGUCAAGAGGGUGACCUUGUCUCCCAUUCUCAUAUUAUGGAUGAGCUUGUAUUUCCAGCGGCCUUCUCUGAGAGUUUGCAGCAAUGGCCAGAAGACUCAGAUUUACCGUACCCGCCUCCACAGAGACAGCCAAAUGUCUUCAUGGUGCCACACGGCAUCAAACCUGUUCUAGAGCGCACUGCUAUUGAGAUCCUGGCAUGGGGGGUGCGUAACCUGAAGAGCUUCCAGCUGGCCAGUGUGACAUCCCCCAGCUUGCAGGUCGGAUGUGGAGGUUGUAUGGUGCAGUCCUGUGUCAUCCGCAACACUAAGAAGAAUCCCAACUUUGACGUCAACACACUCUUCAUUGAUGUGCGGCUGCCCAGGGAGGAACUCUACAUGCCUCCACUGGUGAUCAAGGUGAUUGACAACCGGCAGUUUGGCAGGAAGCCAGUGGUGGGCCAAUGCACCAUCCGCUCUCUGGAGGAGUACCGCUGCCACCCUGAGAACCAGGACGAAGAGCCCACAGAAGAGGAGCUGGAAACAAUUCCUCACACACCAAGAGAUGACGUACUGAUUGACAUUGAUGACAAGGAACCUCUCAUUCCUGGACAGCUGGCAGAUGGCACCAGUUCUGCUAUUAUUAACAUUUCGCCUUCUCGCUCCAGCCUCCAUAUGAUCCACUGGGAGGAUGAGUUUAUGGAUUGGUGGAGUAAGUUCUAUGCCUCGACAGGAGAGAGGAAAAAAUGUGGGAGCUAUCUGGAGAAAGGCUUAGACACUCUACAGGUGUACGACACUGAACUGGAAAAAGUUGACGGCUUUGAGCAGCUGGCAGAUUUCUGUCAGACGUUCAAGCUUUACCGUGGACGCACUCAGGAGAGUGAGAGUGAUGAUCCCUCCAUUGUUGGAGAGUUCAAGGGCAUGUUUAAGAUCUACCCAUUACCAGAAGACUCAUCAGCUCCUUCACCCCCGCGGCAGUUCUGUCUCCUUCCUCCUAAUGGCAUAGAGGAGUGUUUAGUUCGGGUGUAUAUUAUUCAGGCUUAUGGCUUGCAGCCCAAAGACACCAAUGGCAAGUGCGACCCAUACAUCAAGAUCACAUUAGGGAAGAAAUCAGUAAACGAUCAUGACAACUAUAUACCCUGCACCUUGGACCCAGUUUUUGGAAAGAUGUAUGAACUGACAUGCUCCCUGCCCCUGGAGAAAGACCUAAGGAUCAUGCUGUAUGACUAUGACAUGCUGUCUAAAGAUGAAAAGAUUGGUGAGACCGUCAUUGACCUGGAGAACCGCUUCCUGUCACGUUACAGUGCCCGCUGUGGCCUUCCCCAGUCCUACUGUGUGUCUGGAGUGAACCAGUGGCGAGAUCAGCUGAAACCCACGCAGCUGCUCCAUCGUCUCUGUCAGAGGAGAAACUACAAACUGCCUGUCUAUAAGCACGACAGAGUGAUUUUUAGAGGCCAUGAGCACACCACUGCAGACCUUGAUGAGGCAAAGCCAGAAAACCCUCACCUCGGGCCACUGGAGGAGCGGCUGGCUCUGCUGGUGCUGAGGAGACAAGGCCUUGUGGCUGAACACGUGGAAACCAGGCCUCUAUACAGCCCCCUGCAGCCAGACAUAGAACAGGGACGGUUACAGCUUUGGGUGGAUCUUUUCCCUAAAUCUCUGGGCCCCCCAGGACCGCCUUUCAACAUUACUCCACGCAAAGCGAAGAAGUUCUUUCUACGCUGCAUCAUAUGGAACACGAGUGAUGUGAUACUCGAUGAUGUCAGUGUUACAGGCGAGAGGAUGAGUGACAUUUAUGUGAAAGGAUGGAUGCAUGGACAUGAAGGGAACAAGCAGAAGACGGACGUGCAUUAUCGCUCGCUGGGUGGCGAGGGUAACUUUAACUGGAGGUUCCUCUUUCCCUUCCAUUAUUUACCUGCUGAACAGCUCUGUACUGUUGACAAAAAGGAGCACUUCUGGAGUUUAGAUAAGGCUGAAACGAAGGUUCCUCCUAAACUCACCGUUCAGAUUUGGGACAAUGACAAGUUCUCCUUUGACGAUUACCUUGGUUGUUUAGAAAUGGAUCUGAACCACAUGCUGAAGCCAGCGAAGUCUCCUGAGAAAUGUGGUCUGGAGCUGCUCUCUCAGCCCCAGGACAAGCUGGUGUCUCUGUUUGAACAAAAGACAGUCAAAGGCUGGUGGCCUUGUGUGUGUGACAGACAGGGAGAGAAGAUCUUAGCCGGUAAGGUUGAGAUGACACUGGAGAUUGUGUCGGAGCAGGAACAGGAAGAGAGGCCUGCAGGUCUGGGGAGAGAAGAGCCCAACAUGAACCCUCGUCUGGAGGAGCCACAGCGUCCUGAAACCUCCUUCCUGUGGUUCUCCUCUCCUUAUAAAACCCUAAAGUUCAUAGUGUGGAGAAGAUUUAAAUGGUUCAUUCUGGGACUGAUCAUUCUCUUCUUCAUCCUGCUCUUCCUGGGAGUCUUUCUCUACUCCUUCCCUAACUAUGCUGCUAUGAAGAUGGUGGGCCCCUUCAGUGGAAUAGGAAAUGGCAAACAAUAAGCAGGGGAAUUUGAGAAGACUCUGAAAGAAGGAUGGGGCUCAACACCCAUCCUAGUAUCUUCUACUGUUAUGCCAAAUACAUCUCAGUAUUCAAACUGCUCCAUCUCUGUUACUGGGUUCCUGUGGGAUAAUCAAGUCAUAUCACCUGGGCCAUUGUGUAUGUGCACACAGAAAUCCAUGCUGCUCCUACUGAUAUCUGCCUUUAACUUGAAUAGAGAACAAGCUUCAUGAGGAUUUAAGUGUAAACUGAUGUUACACAGAGAUAAGCGUGUAAAAUGAUGUGUGUAUGUGCCUCUGAUCAAGCCAUCUAUGCAUGUAGAAAUGCCCUGUGACUUGCAUGUGAAGUCUGAGCUUUUUGGCCCUGUUUGUGACCUAAUACUGACCUCUUUUCUUCCUCUGAAUUCUGUUUGACUCCCCAUGUAUACUUUUAUCUCUCUCCCUGAUUUAAACACUUCUUCAUGCUGUCUGUAAAACUCUGGCCUUUUCACAGCUAGCCAUGGCUUUCUUCUGCCUUAACAUAGAGAAAAAGAGACAGAAUUGCCUUUCACCUCCUCCUGUGCCUUCAUCCCUCACCACCCGCCCCUUUUGCUUUCAGCAUGCACUGAUGCUUUAGGUUAAAGCCUGGAUUUGUCCUGUGAACUUGUAAGGUCUGAGGCAACCUGCUUGUUAGCCGAGCUCCAGCUGUCAGCAGCCCUAUGUUUGUCUGAUAACUAUCAAAGCCUCCACAGAAAUCCCUCACCAAAUGGACCUGGUGUCAGAUAUGAGCUAGUUAUAUGUGUGUUUGUCUAUAUAUGUGUAUGGAGACUGGCUGUGUGAAAUACAGAGAGAGUGAGAGUUUGAGAGCGUGUGUAAUGUGGCUUUAACUGUUAAAUAGCAAAAUAAUGUGGUGGCUGUGAUUGACUGUGUAUAUGAAUGAGUUUAGAAUCACAUGUGUGCAUCUGGUAAGGUCAGGACAACUUUAAAGGACUCAUAAAAAGGCAAUCAGCAUGAUAAAACAUACUGACAGAAGUAGGUUAUGUGCUAUGUUCCCUACUGUGUUGAGUGAAACACAAGCUCAGGGGUCAAAGCAUGGCCACCAGAAGGGUCAAUCAGAUCAUAGUGCAGGGCUCUGCAGUGCUGCACCUAUUACAUAAGACUGACUUCUGUGUGCUUAUAGGGCUUAGCAGUGUGUUUAUCCUACAGCUAGAGCUACACACUGUCAUUCUGAACAGGAAGGUUCAAGAGAACCUGGCUAAUCCCAGUGAUUUUUCACUGAUUUCCUGGAGCGUGCACAUGUUGGCCCAAAAAGAGGGCCCAAAAAGGUAGAAAAAGCCCUUGGUCUUUAAUUUGGUCUAAGACUGCUUUAAAAAUUAUGACGUAAGAAAAGGGACUUGAGGAAGAAUAUCAACAAGUAAAAAAUUAUAAUGGUUUUUUUGUUUGGUUUCUCCUCUGUGCACUGUAGUCAAACUGAGUAAAUCUAUUAUAUAUUUGUACUAAAGCUGUACAAUCUGAGUCCCAAAAUACUUGAAAUGGCUCAUUUUGCAGGACAAUUGUUGAUAUACAUAGUCCUGGGCCUAUUCAGCCAAAGUAAUUGAGGGUUACAAUUCACCCAAAGAAUGCCUAGCUAUUAUGUCAAUGUUAUGCCUUGUUAAAGUUAUACAACAUGACAAUCCUGCCUGUUAUUUUUUUCUGUGAAUACAACACUGCUGUUACUCUGAAUACAACAUGCUGUACUAUCUCUAGUGCAGAUAAAUUCACUGUGCCUAAAAUUGUAUGUGCAUCCAUUUUCAGACAAUGUAUGGUUACAACAUAGUGAUAUUCCAGUAACAAAAUAUAUGCCCUCAAUUAAAGUAUUGUCUUUUGUUGCAUCAAGACCUACAUUAAAUCUUCUUUAAAAAUGG